GACUCUAUUUGGAGUUGUCUGGAUUACAGAGGGUUGUAUUUUUUUUUCUUGCUGGUUUCUCCUCAUACACACACCUCAGCUGACUAGCGAGCUGUGUCCUCUCAGAGAGCCCUCAGCACGAUGAGCGCUCUCCAGACGCAGAGGAUGUUGUGCGUGUGGGUUUUGCUCUUUGCGGGAAUAGCAGCAGUUUGUGGUUCAAAUGUUUGCACCUCCAGAGGAGCCAGCACAUGCAAGGAGUGUCUGGAUGUGCACCCCAGCUGUGCAUGGUGCUCCAAAGAGGACUUUGGCCAAGGAGUUGCUGGCCUGUCCCGCUGUGAUUUGAAAAGUAAUCUGGUGGUAGCGGGCUGUACCACAUCAGCUCUGGAGUUUCCAACCAGCAAACUGCAGGUGAUCGAGGACCGGCCCCUGAGCAACAAGGCAGCGGGAGCGACACAAGACGUCACCCAGAUAAAGCCUCAGAAAAUACACAUCACCCUCAGGCCGGAUGAUGCUAAACGUUUCACAGUGAAGGUGCGGCAGGUGGAGGACUACCCCGUAGAUCUCUACUACUUAAUGGAUCUCUCCUACUCCAUGAAUGAUGAUCUCACCCGCCUGAGGACGCUCGGCAAAGGCCUGGCGGAGGCCAUGAACCGCACCACCAGCAACCUGCGCAUGGGCUUUGGAGCUUUUGUGGACAAGCCACUCUCUCCUUACAUGUACAUUUCACCAAAAGAGGCUGUAAAGAACCCCUGCUACAGCAUUAAUACCACCUGUCUGCCACAGUUUGGCUACAAACAUGUCUUGUCUCUGACGGAGGAAGUGGGCCGCUUCACGGAGGAGGUGAAGAAGCAGAUGGUGUCCAGAAACCGAGAUGCCCCGGAGGGAGGCUUUGAUGCCAUCAUCCAGGCUGCUGUGUGCAAGGAGCAGAUCGGCUGGCGUCCAGAUGCUUCCCACCUUCUGAUCUUCACCUCAGACGCAAAGACUCACGUGGCUCUGGAUGGUCGUCUGGCUGGAAUCGUGCAGCCCAACGAUGGACGAUGCCACCUGAACUCUGAUAAUAUGUACAGCAAGUCUACGACCAUGGAUUAUCCAUCUCUUGCUCUGAUCACGGAGAAGAUGUCAGAGAACAACAUCAACCUCAUCUUUGCAGUCACCAACCCUGUGGUUGCCCUUUACCAGAACUACAGUGAGCUGAUUCCUGGCACUACAGUGGGAACGCUGUCCAAUGACUCGGGAAAUGUUAUUCAGCUCAUAUUAAAGGCGUACAAAAAAAUUCGUUCCAAGGUGGAACUGGAGCUGCAAGGCGUCCCAGAGGAACUGUCUCUUUCCUUCAACGCCACCUGCCUGAAUGGAGAGGUCAUUCCUGGCCUCAAAUCCUGCUCUGGGCUCAAAAUAGGAGAUACGGUCUCUUUCAGUGUGGAGGCUCGUGCUCGUGGUUGCCCAUCCAAAAAAAAGAAAACCUUUAUCAUCAAACCUGUGGGCUUCAAGGAUGCCCUCUCCAUCACCGUCACCUUUGAGUGCGACUGCAAGUGCCAGGCCAAAGCCCAGCCUGAUAGCCCCAAAUGUAGCAAUGGCAAUGGCACUUUUGAGUGUGGCAUAUGCCUGUGCCACCCAGGUCGCUUAGGACCACAUUGCGAAUGUGCCGAAGGCGAUUACAACCCCAUGGCGCAGGAUCGCUGCAGUGGACCUGCAGGAUCCGAAGGACCUCAGUCGGCUGUCUGCAGCGGCCGUGGAGACUGUGUGUGUGGCCAGUGCGUGUGCCACAGCAGUGACUUUGGGAAAGUGUGGGGAAAGCUGUGUGAGUGUGAUGACUUCAACUGCCUGCGCUACAAGGGAGAACUCUGCUCGGGGCACGGUGUCUGUAACUGUGGCUUCUGCCAGUGCGCACCAGACUGGCAGGGUGAGAACUGUAACUGCUCCAGACGUACAGACACUUGUAUGUCCAGCCUGGGCCUCCUGUGCAGCGGGAGGGGUCAGUGCGUGUGCGGAGCCUGCGAGUGCACGCAACCAGGUGCCUACGGAGCCACGUGUGACAAGUGUCCCACCUGCCCUGACGCCUGUACCAUGAAGAAGGAGUGUGUGGAAUGUAAGCACUUCAAGAGGGGCAAACUGAUUGAGGACAAAACCUGCUCUCGAAUCUGCAAGGAUGAGAUUGUUCUUGUGGAUGAAUUAGAGCUCCAUGACACAAAUGCGGUGAAUUGCACUUACAAAGAUGAGAACGAUUGCGUGGAGCGUUUUCAGUAUUAUGAAGAUGCCAGUGGCAAAUCCAUCCUCUUCGUUGUCAAAGAGCCAGACUGCCCCAAAGGUCCAGACAUUUUGGUGGUGCUUCUGUCAGUGGCAGGAGCCAUUUUAUUCCUGGGCUUGGCUGCUCUGCUUAUCUGGAAGCUGCUGGUUACCAUCCACGACAGACGGGAGUUUGCCAAAUUUGAGGAAGAACGCGCUCGCGCCAAGUGGGAAACAGGGCACAAUCCUCUUUACAAGGGAGCGACAUCAACCUUUACGAACAUCACAUACAGAGGAAAAGACUGAUGCUACUGAACAAAGCUGGAGAAUAAAGGAUGGAAAUAAUGCACUUCGACAAUCCUCUCUGAGAAGGCAGCGAAUCAUGUGCAGGCCUCUACUGUUACGCAAUAACUAAUAAUUAUUUGCUUGUAAAUAUGUAGAAAUCAUUCCGAGGAGACAUUUUAUCAGGGAUUUGAGACCCACCUGUACUACGAUGUUAGAUAAGGUGUUUGUUUUUUUGUUUUGAAUGAGAAUUGUUUUGUUGUGCAGCCCAUAAUAAAGGUUUAGUUCUCCAAAAGUAGCUUUUUGUCCAUCUGUUGAGAGCCCACUGAAAUCGUAAAAGUUGAAAUCAAGAGCACAAAAUUUAACGAGAAACACAAAGAGAGUGCAAAAUCACCGAGGCACUUUUAAGGGGAUAGUUUUGUGUUUUGUGCACAUUAAUUUUGUUAUCUUUGUUCUUUUUUUAAUCGUACUUUAAGAAGUUUGCAGUUUAUAACACAUUUUGGGGUCAAUAUGAAAAUGUGAAAUGUGAAAGUGAGGUCAUAUGUGACAGGAUAUUUGGAUGUAGACGUUAAUGUGAUAUUUAGAAACCUCAUAUACCAGUAUUUUAUCCUAAAUGUUGCCAAUACAAAAAAAAGACAGCAGAAUUUUAAGGAUAGUCAUUUGGAUGAGUGACGAAACGUUUCACCCACUGAAAACAGAUGAACAGAAUCAACUUUUGAAGAUAGUCAUUUUAUGAAAGUUUCAUCUUAUUUGACCUUGAAGAAG